UGCGGGCGGCGGGCGGCCAGUUUACCGUUGCGAGGCGCGUUGUGCGGCCGGACGCUGGACCGUCACCCGCGCGCCGCCGGCACCCGACACCGAUCUGAGCAGCCUCGGCUUGCGCCCCGGAGCUUCCCUGACUUCAUCGCACCCCCUGCCCUACUGCUAUACACCGGGACUCGACAGUUCCCCGCUGUGCACACGACGGGUUGUUGACAAACUUUAUAUUCAAGUCUUGUUCUCUAACGUAGACGCGAAGUGCUACAACUCGUGCUUAUUUCACUGAAGUGCUAAUCCGAUUUCUCAUAGUUUUUGGAUCGCAUCCUCACUGGCUAAGAUUAUACAACUGCAGCAGCCAUUUUAACGAUUCAUCAGUCAUCGCGUCGAGCUUCAGCGACUUGUGAUCAAUAUCAUGGAACAACAAGAGCUCUGCAACGCCGCCACCGAGAGCCUGCAGUGCUGAGUUCUUGUCGCCCACAGUACGGGGUUGGGGUGAAUAAUGGGAAAAAGACACGUUCGGAUCAAGUUUGCACAUUCCAUUGGUCCGCCUCUUGAUUUGAACAAGUUGGGUAGGUCCGACUAGCACCCCAACCCACGCCCUACUUACGCACUAUCAGUUACCGACGCUCUAGCGACUGCCAAUAAAGUACAAGUCAUAAUCGGGUUAUACAUUAUUCAAUUAUUUAAAUUUAGAUUUAUUUACUUUAGUACAAACCUUAAUCAGAAAAGGAAUACGGCGAUUCAGCCGAUGUUGAAGAACGAACUGGGCCGUUGUCCUCGGUCAAAACAAUAAACUGUAGUCAUGACGGCCACUGCACCAGAACUGUCCAAGUCAGAUUUCUUUGAUUUUGUGACAUCGAAUGACGUUACUGAUGCCCAGUACAAACAACAGAUGAGAUCUGUUAAUGUGUUCAUGGAAUCACCGGACUCGAGGUCGAACCCUUUGUUGUCGGAAGAACCGAAGGAACAAAAUAACAAUAGCUUAUUGAGCGUAGCGGGAGGACAAUCUACUGUUAGUAGCAUGGCCUCGGCGACCACAUCGAAUACGUUACAAAGUUUUGAUUCCAUUUGGAACGUAGAUCGAGACCGAGAUCGCUUAGAAACUGCGAUGUUAGAAGAUCUCAACAAAUUCUACUGGAAUCAGGAUAGUGAAAUAAGCGGUGCGCAUCCUUGUACCGACACCGCUAUUUCCAACAAACUAAUUAGUAACAACACGGACGGUCAAAUUUAUACUCUAACUGUUCUCAACCAAGACAUGGGAGAACCGAACCCUAACCGAUACUGGGCAAAGGAAGAAGACGUCUCAAUGUCGAGUCCUACUGACAUAGAGCAACAAUCCUCACUAGACCUCGAGUCGAUAUUAAAUAUGAACGGUUUCCCUAACGACUUUAGUCAAGAUUCAUUAACUACUAAUAUACUACCAAAAGUUGAAAACUUUAAUUACGAAGAGGCGGAAUCAGAAAAUCAAAGUGCGGACAUGAGCACAAGUAGCUUGGUUAAAGUAGAACCCUACAAUUACGAUGAAAAUGACUUUCAGAGUAACGAUAAGAAAGAUGAUUCAUGUAGUUCUAUUAUAGGGACUCCGACACUUUUGGAUAGUCAAGCGGAAUUUAACAACAACAAUAACGACUGGAAGUUAACAGAUCAAAACACGGAAUCUAAUGAGUCCUUACUAAGAAGCGCUCUCCAAGGGAAAGCUUUUAUUAGAUAUAGCACGAUACAAAAGAGUAAUAUAUCGAAGAUAGAUGCUGAAGCGGAGUUGAAAAGGGUUAUCAUAAAUAACAAUAAUAAAGCUGACGUUCCAUCAAUGUACCCAGACAAUAAAGAUAGUGAAACAGAACUUUUGAUGGCCAUCGCUCCGCAGAAUGGAAACGUAAAUAUAUCAAUACUAUUAGAAGACCCUACUGCGACUGUCAUUGCUAACGGUGACAAUCCGACCUCGACUCAAAGCGUCGACGAUAUUUUACUUUCACAAUUAGAUGCUAAUUAUCCUGAUGACUACGAGAAGCUAAAGCGAAUAGCUACAGAGUUGGGCGAGUCCGUGCAGCCGUUUUGCACCGUCGAGCCCAUCGACCCGACUCGGAGUGUUUACAAUAUUCAUCAUGUAAACGGUGAAUUAGUGACGAUGAUACCUUCGAGUGAAGUACAAAUACCCCAGCACUUACAAAUUGUGACCACGUCACCCGCAGUCACCAGCACAAAGUCUGUGAGUAAGAAAUAUAAGCGGAUUCAAAACAAGAAUCCACCGCCAUCAACACAAUCACCGUCAGGGACCGCAAUACAAGCGGCUACAUCUACGUCAAACGGCGUUAGAAAAGAAAGAUCUCUACAUUACUGUUCGAUCUGUUCGAAAGGUUUCAAGGAUAAAUACUCCGUGAAUGUACACGUUCGAACACAUACGGGAGAAAAGCCUUUCUCUUGCUCGCUUUGUGGUAAAAGUUUCCGACAAAAGGCGCACCUGGCGAAGCAUUAUCAAACGCACAUCGCCCAGAAGAGCGCCGCCGCCAAUGGGACGGCAAAACCUACUAAGCAAAGGUAACCGUAGCACCAUCGCUAAACUUUCGUCGGUAUGCAAAGAUAGUCAAAGGAACUUUGUUACAGUGAGAGUGAUUUACUAAAUAAAUACGUAAAGGCUGACAUAUCACAGAAGAGUUGGUAAGGUGCUAAAUAAACUAGUAGUUAUAGAGAAAUAAGGCAGUUGUGUAUGGUGAAACAUUCGUUGGAUACUCGAGGCCGUAAUGAUAUUUGUUAAUUUGUACGUAAUUCCGUCCGUUACCGAAAUACUUUUAGGUUUAGCUAGUUUUAGCUAAAAACAAAUACAAUUAAGUAAAUUUUAUUAUGAGAUUUUUUUCCACUCUCCGUUCCAUAAUUAUUAGUCAUGUCUACUUUUUAAGAAAUGUAAUGUUAAUCUGUUUUUUUACAAUCAACUAAAGUAAAAGUGGCGUUUAUUUUUCAAUGAUCUUUAUUAUGAAUCGAUAAUACUCAGAAAUUUUUUACUAUAACGAACCGCAAGAAAGACUCAAUUCUUAAAAUAGUUUUUUCUACUAUUUAUAUUAUAAAAAGUUAUCAGAUUAGUUGCCAAUAAUGAUGUGCAGCUUUAGGAUUAUCUACGAGUCCGCCGGCGCCGUAAUUUCUCCCGCAGAGCGACCGACUAAACUUUCUAAAAAAUAAAAUAAAAAAAAACAGAGCAAAAGAACGAGCAUUCAGUACCCACCAUCUUUCACCGCUCGACUAUCGUAUCUAUACAUAACAUUCCUCUUAGGUCAAUUUACCGCGUUCGUUUUUUAUGAUUUGCCUACACAGUACUGUGAAUGAAGUUGAAAUCUAAUGAUAGACAUUUGUACCUUAUUUAACAAUCACAGUUUCUUUAAAAGGCUUUACAAAACACGGUCUUUAUUUUGAAAUUGCACAAAUAACAACUAAUAAAAACUAUAAAUUGAUUAUGUCAUUCGUCAUUGUUAAACUAGAAAAAUACAGUGAACUAUUAAAUUCUAGAUAUGGUAUUAGAAGAGAUUUUUAAAACAGUAAACAUUCCAGUGAAGGGCAACAUAAUCCUGAUAUUACUUUCAUCGUAUAGGAGAGGCGUUAUUACUGCAAGAACGCUAUAAAUUUGUAAUAGACGUGGAACCAUAACUGCAGUGUUUAAAAUUUGUACUCCCUUUCUCAUCCAAUUGGCUUUUCUUUGUUUUAUCCGAGCAACAACGUCAUUAAAUUUCUCCUCACUUGUUAUUAAGUAACAUAUUUCUAAACUACAUAUUGAUUUAGAUGAUAGAGAAUAUUUCCAACUGUAUCAAAUUAAAUUUUCUUUAAUUACUUGAAAUCAAAUCUGUGUUGCUUUCAUUUUUGUUAUUGUGUGGGAACUGCGUUUUGGUUAUAUUACAAAUAAAACUUUCACUUGCUUUAAGAUUUGAGGGUCCACAUUUUACUAUCAAAAAUAUUCUGCGUUUCUGACAGAUUCGUAAAACCACAUCGUAGUAGAGAAAUAGGCAUUUUGCAUUAUUGUUACCCUAAUACAUAAUUUAAAUGAAACAAAACGACCUGCUUUCCUUCGAGAAAGACAAAAUUACUUCCUUUCGUUAUGUCUAUAUUAUAGGUUAUCUAUCCAGUUUCCGCAAAAACGAGACCUACGUACUUAGGCGAUUUCUUUUUAUGUAUCGGAUGUCAUAACGGCAACGUAUUCAUUAAAUUAUAUUAGGUACGGAUGCUCGAAUUGUAAUUAUUAUCAAUCAUUUAAUUUCGCGGCAUCAAGACAAACGUUAUUCAUGCUAGCCAGUUUAUUUGGCAAAAUAACAUCGCUUCCUUCUUACAAUAAAAAGGACAAUUAUUUUUUAUAAAUUGGUUAAUUAACAAAGCAUUAUUCAUUCAUUACUUUUAAUUAUCUCUUUUUUUUUAAGUCCCUAAUUUAGGUAUUAGUAGAACACAAAAUAAUUUCAUCUAAUCUAAGCUCUGUGGGUAAAAUUAUGGGUACUUUUUUGUUAUAUUUGCACUUCAAUUGGUUUAUGACAACUUUUUGCAUUUUGAUUACCUUAUUGCAACAUCUUUUCUUGCCAAACUUUUAACAUUGUAAGUAUUAAAAGUUAUCAAACACUGCCUUAUAAGUAAUGUUACAGUCUGAGUGAGAGAUUUUAAUUGUAAAGUAUACUAAUAAUUAAAUGCAUGUCGAAAAAAAUAUGACAUCACAAUGUCAUAUUUUUUUCAAAAUAUUUACUACAAUAAGUAAAAACUGUACACAAGUUUCUAAAAAUUGUAACGAAUUAAUAAAUCUUCGGCUUCAAACAGUAAAUAUAUAUUUCUAUAAAUUGUUUUGAAAUGAAUCUAUAAUGUUGUGUUUUGUCGAGUUUAUAUUAUACAUUGACUAUUAUUCAAUGUAAUAAAUGAUUAAUAAAGAUAUCCUUUAUCAAUACUCAUUAUUUGUAAAUAUGUACAACAGAGAGAUUUAAGGAAAAAUUAAUUUUGUGACUUAAAUUUAUACUCUACCACUUGUAUCUCAUUAGAUGGUAUUUUGAAAGUUAGCGAAUUUAUAGAUUUUAUAAGAUGUAAGAAACUUUUUUGAGAGAUUUACCAAUUAGAUAUAAGAUACUAUGGCUACCUUAAUUAUUACGAGCUCGUAUAAGUAAUGGUUGUUAAUAUAUUCUUGUAAUAUAUUAUGUUGGUUUUUGAGAACUUAUUUGAAAACAAAAGACGGAUUUAUUAAUAUUGAUCGAUCAUUAUUGCAUUUGUUCCUGAGUUGAUUAUUAGAUUUUAUUGAUUGUAAUGUCUCGUUUAUAAGUUUAAAUGAAUAAUUCGUAUAUGAGUAAUUUAAAGACCGUGUAAUGUCAAUGUUAGAUUUAAGGACGAUGUGGAUGAUGUUAAAUUAUCAAGCAUUUGGUGUAGUUGAAGUGGUGUAAAUAUUUUGCUAUUUAUUUUGUGGUUUCGCCAGUUGCUCAAUACGUGAAGGGCUAAAAUUUUUUUUAUGGAAUUGUCCACUUCAUCCUUAAAACUGAGACCGUCCUGUACAAUAAUUUCAUUAUUUAUUUUAUAGAAUUAUGGUUAAGUUUACAAAAGGACACAAAAAAGGUUAUUGUAAUUUUUGAUUAACCCGAGCUGUGAUUUUGCUUACGUUUAUCUAUAGACGCAGUGUCAUUAAAUACAUCGAAUUGUAAACCAUUAAGAAUUAGUACGUGUAUGUAUUUCCUUAGUUGGCACUGCAUCCGAAACUCUCAUGUCUUCCUCUCAUUAUGUAUCAUGUCAUACUUUUGUUUAAUAGGAAAUAAUAAAAGAACUACAGUAUUUUUUUAAUGUGGCCAAAAAUAUCCAAGAUCUUAGCCGUGGAAUAACAAUAUUCAAAUUCACUUUAUCGCCACUAGAAUUGUUUCCAAUAGAUUUAAUAACUAUGAAUCCGAAUUUUUCUAUAUUUUCUCAACUCUAGCCGAAAUAUAAAAUUGUUUAAAAACAGAAAUAAUUUGA